GCUAAAGUAAAGUGUCAUUGUAUCAAAUAUUCUCGAAAAGAUCCAUCUAAAUCAGCCUUGGGAGUGAAUUUAUUAUAUUAUUUUGUUCAAAAAAAUUGGCAAAGACAACAAAGAAAUAUGUCAACAGAGGAGCUGCCAGCUGAUUUGGAUAAGCUGAAAAUAACUCCAAAAAAUGAACAUAAAAAAUUAUGUGAUAGAAAUCCAUUUUAUACUUCAAUUGCAAUUUCGAAUAAUCAGACAAAUGAGGCACCUAUUCAAUGUACAAAACAAAUAAUUCAUCGUAAAAUGCGUCGAAUUCGGCGCAGGUCCGAAAGCAACAUGGACGACUUUCAAUGUAAAAAAUCAGAUGCUCCAGUUGCUGCGGAUAGUUUUGAAAUUGUGAAUCAUCUGCGCUGCCUGCCCGGAGUGAAUAAACUGCAAUUGAAAAGAAGCAAUAUUCCAUCGAAAAGAAAUUUGCUGCGCGAGCCUGUAUUACGGAUCGCACACGACAAUCUACAUACGAAAUGCGGGCUUGGUACCCGUGUCCGUCGAACGAUUCCCUUGAGCUUCGAUGAAAGGAAUCACACAAAUUUUCAUAAGCCUCGAACAAAUAUUUGCAUUAAAUCCAGUACAAACGGCAUUUGCAGCUUUCGGGAUCUGAUAAGUGAAUGCAAUAUCUUGCUCGAUGAGUCUAAGUCCAAAAAGGAAACCUUGGACAACAGCCAGCACCAAUCCAAGAACUUUAUGCUAUGCCAAACAAGAGGAGCAUCCGCACAAAAAGGAAUUGGUCACAAGCCCAACUCACGUGACCCAACUAGCAUUACCUCAGGCUCCAGACUCUCAUGCUCCCAGGAGGCAAGCAACAAUGCACACAACUCCAGCCCGAGCAACUGCGACGAUGUCACAAUUGUUGAGCUGGCCAGCUAUUUCGACACCAUGGUGCACAUUCCUAAGAAGAUGUCGUCGAUGGCGGAGAUGAUGUAUAUUUAAGGAUUGGCACUGCCAAAAUUUUGUUGGAUUUACAUUUGUGAAUAUUUUAACUUGUACAUAAGCAAAAUAUAUUUGAAUGAGUGUCAUUAGGUUAAAACUAAGCGUUAUAAACUGUACAUGCAUAUUCUGAUUAAAUUAUAGAUAUAGAAAUUAUUUAGUAAAUGAAUU